AUGAUAGAUUCCUCCUACGGCCAAGGCUCUCUGCGCUAUUUCUUUUUCCACGGAAAUCAUGGGGAUGUCCCCCUUCCCCACCAUAUGACCGUCGAGGCCAACGUUGUUGUCUUGACCGAACAAGGAGAGACUUUAUUCGGCCAAAACUUUGGUAAGGGGCCAUCAUGUUACGAAUUUCAGGAUGGGAUCUGCAGAAACGCAGAUGGCCAAAUUGAGGGUCCUCUACCGGCAAAGUCUUUUGUGGAAAAGAUCAUGAAAAACGUCUCGGUGCCCUCGCUUAUCGUGGCAGAAGUUCCAAAGGAUGAAAUGGGGAUCGAUCUGGAGGCCAAGGACGCAUUCUUUUAUGUCGCCGUUCUAGUGAUUGGAAGAAGUGACAUUCGUCCAUGCACUGCUGGUGAUAGAGAGUACCUCUCUGUUAUGAUUCAGACAUUUGUCCCUCGACUUGUACGCUCGAUGGCUCCUACGGCCAGCGAAUACCUCCCCGGUGAUGCUCGUAAUUUGUGCAUUGAGAUUGCGAAUCGCAUGGAAAGGAUUCCAGAUGAUCCCGACUAUCACACUUUCAUUGCGAUGUAUCGGGGUCGCUAUGUCCAGAAGCCAUUGCCGCAAAGAGCAUUGGUAGAAUUAUGCCUGCUUCAUGUGCUGAAAAUGCCGUUUGAGCUGAGUACCGCAAUUCGUAGCUCAUUGAUUCGCUAUUGA